UGUAACUGCUAAACUAGGCCUAGAGGUUGAAAUACAUGUUAUACUCUUAUAGCAUUUGGUGAGUAAUGUGCUGGUACUGUUCCCUGUAUACUGAUACGGUAGAGUCAGAUAGUCGUAUACAGCCUGCUUUUGGAUAAAUAAUAAUCAGUGGCAUGGAUAUUACAUCAGGAAAACAAGGGUCAUCAGAUCAUGGUACAAGAAGAAAUACAAGGAGUACUUCAAACCAGGAUAGAGAGAAGGAAAAUGCAGACAAUGGCAAAAAUCAAUCAUCUUCUGGCAAUGCAAAUAAGGAUUGUGAAACGGGAACAAGUGACACAUCAAAGAAAAGACAAAGUGAAAGAGUGAUUAGAGCUGCAAAUGGAGAUGUUUUAGAAUACACAACAGAGGAUGAUGUCACCUACAGACCUAUGGAUUCCGCUUAUUUGGCAACUGAAAGACCAGAUAACCCAUAUUUUAUCUGUACCAUACAAGAAAUUAAGGUGAGCAAACGGGACAACGCUAUUGUAGCAGUCAAGUGGUACUACAGACCUACAGAAGUGCCUGACUUAGUCUAUCAGAUGCUGGUCAAGGAUCGCUAUAACCAAGUUGAUGAUUUAAAGGUCAAAGAACUCAUUAUGAAACCAGAUGUGGCAAAUCGAGAACUUUUUAUCUCGGAUCUCGAGACAACAGAUACAUAUCCUAUCUCAUGCCUCAGAGGUAAAUGUGAAAUUAGUCAAUAUGGAAGCAUUUCAGAGAUCAAGAAUUUCGAACUAAGACCAGAUCAUUUCUUCUUUAUUCUGAGCUACAAUCCAGAGACCAGACGAUUGGCAAGUGCCUCAGGGGAGACCACAGUUGGACCUAGCCAUCAGUGGAAUGCUAGUAUGAGAGGGAUAUUUCAAAAAGCGGAAUUACCUGAUGUGAUGCCACUUUCGGAACGUGGAUACGAAAAACAUCGAGUUUAUGAAGAAAUGACUUGGGAACCAAAAGUCAAUAAAUGUGACUUGAUUAUGUGUCUACGUGCCGCUAGGAGUUUAGCUGCUUUUGCUGGAGUUUGUGAUGGUGUUUCACCAGAGGAAGGAUGUAUAGUUGCAUCAAGAGAUGAUACCACGAUCAAUGCAUUACGUGUGCUGUAUGAAAACAAUGGAAAUCCCAGAAAAGCGAUCGACGCUCUUGUGAAAAAUCCAGUUCCAAUAACGAUUGAGAGCAAAUGGACCGAAGAACAAGUUAAACGCUUUCAGAGAGGACUGAGAUUACAUGGAAAGAAUUUUUUCAGAAUUAAGAAAGAGCUACUUCCUAUGAAAGAAACGGGCGAACUGGUUGAAUUUUAUUAUCUGUGGAAGAAAACUCAGGACAGUUUGAUGAUCCGACCACAUCAUAGAAAACACAGGAGGCAAGCUGCCUUGAAAAAAUCUGGAAAACCAAAGAAUGGAACUACUGGUUCAGGUGAUCAAACUUCCACAGAAGAAGAAACAGAGGAAAGUGAAGAGAGUGAAAAAGAAACAAAUAAUUAUAAAUGCAAACAUUGUCUCACUUCAAAUUCAAAAGACUGGAAACUUGGAGGUAAAGACGGUUUGAUGUUAUGUACUGAUUGCAGAAUUUUCUAUAAAAAGUACGGUGAAAAUCGACCCGUGAUUAAAGUUGAAGAUAUUGAUUCUGCUAAUGAGACUGAUAUUGAUACGCCUCCUGCAGCUAAAAGCCAACUUCCACCUUUCCUGUAUAAACCAAUUAAAGAAGAAAAACUGAAUAACUUGAUUCCAAGAAAACCAGCAAAAAGUUUGGCAAAAGUCAACUCUACAGCUGAAUCUAAGAAUUCGAGCAAACGACAGUGGUCUGAUUCAGAAGAAACAAAAGUGAAACAUGAAGAUGUUUCUACUGAUUUAAAACGCCCAAAAACAGAACCAGACCAGGUUGUUGAUGACACACAAGAUAACCAAUCUAGUGUACCAAGAAGUUCACCUAGCCCUCUCAUAUCUAGUGGAGGUAACGUCAAAGGAAGUCCAGCAUUCAUCGAUUGCAAACCUUUUUCACCACCACAUACAUGUUCCUUACCACCAAGUAUCAUUCCAGGAAAGAAAAUUCACCCAUCGUUUGUGAGUGUCUCCGCUCCACAUUCAAUAGGAAAAUCCAUUAUUCCAGGCCAGACCGAAUUAUCAUCAUCGUUACCAAGUGGUCCACCUCACCUUUAUAAAUUAUCGUCAUCAUCAGCUGGGUUGUCGCCAUUUGUUUCUACUGCGCAAAGUCAAGCUCUCAUAUCAGGCAAAUCUACAGAAAUAGAAAAUAUGUCAAAAAUGGCGUUGAAUACGGGAGCAAUAUCAAGGAAUAUAUACCCAACUGUUGGAUAUAUGGGAGCUGGAACCCCACCAAUCACACAGACCCAAGUGCCAACAAGUGCAGCUCCAACAUCCGCAUAUUCAUUAUCUGCUACAACCACUGUGACAAUGACUAGCACUGUUCGAUCAAGUCCCACAGUUGAUCAUCCUAGGAACUCAGAACCUAACAAUGUUCCACGUCCACCUGAAAAUACAACAACAGUUGGAGGGUUGGAGUCAUCGUCUCGGCCACGAAUGCAGGCCCCCCAUAGGUCAUCGGACUACCCAAGUCACAGUGGAAGAAUCUCACCACCAUCUCGACCAGUAGAUGAUAAAAGCAAUUUGGCGUACUAUGUACCAAGACAUCCAGCCCCAAUGAAGAAAUCCAGAUUUCCAUUCGAUCCUUAUGUGACGGACCAAAUUAUUUCAAAUGCUAACAUGCCUCGAAUGGCGAUAAAAGAAGAACCAACACGAACUGUUUCGCCGUCCAGUUCGCAGAGUCAUCAAUUAUCAGUACCACAUCAUGCAGUUCCUACUAGAGCAUCUCCCAUUCCUCAGCAUAUAAAACAAGAACCACAUCAUAUUAUAUCUGAUCAUCCCCAGCAAGUACAUCAUAAACCUGGUGCAAUUUACCCACAAGCUCGACAUCCAGGACCACCACCACCACCUACCCAGGGUGCUGUUCCCCAUGGAUCACGACCCCCUUUAUCAGUCCCACGACACCCGGGUCAUCCAUCUCUAUCUCACCACCACGGUGCCAGUCGACCACAAGCAGCAAUUUCACCAAGACCAAGGACCACAUACCCUGGACAACAUCAUUCAGCGCAGGGAUCACAGCCGCAAGAUGAUUCAGAUGUGGAACUGAUUGGUGAGCAGAGAAUAAAGUCACCUCCACCUGUUCGUGUUGAAGAAAUCAUUCAUCAUGGGAGCAGUGCCAGAUUUUGCAAAAUAUGGAACAGAGGACCAAACUCUUGCUUUCGCACUGACUAUAUUUUUAAUCCUGACAAAAUUUCAAUGGAAAAACAGAGGCAGGGUCAACUUGAAUUCCGGAAGAAAGAACAAUCCCAACAGCAACAACAACAAUCUGCUCCACCUCCUCAACCCCAUGAUCCCAUGAGACAUCCACCCCAUAAACGACCUCGUACUCCACCUCAUAGUCAUCCACACAGUGACCAUGACAGAAAGAGAGAGGAGAAGAACGAAUCAUUAGAUCGUUCGCGUCGUGAAGGGCCAGGACCACUGUCUUCGUCAUCUUUACCACCACAAGCUCACAGGUCAACUCCGAGCCACAGUAAUGUGCCACGAUCAACUCCAACAAGAACUCCGACGUCUGCAUCGUAUGAACAACAUCACAGACCUCCACCUGCCCCAUUCAUGUCGCCAUUAGGAGCUGACACUCCAGCAUUACGUCAACUCCAGCAAUAUAGUAAUAAUCUACAACAGAUUGGAAUGAGAAGACAGGCUGCUGAAGCAAUGAGUUCCAUGCAUCAUUUACAUCCUUACUAUUCGUCACUGGCGGCAGCUGGGGCAGAAAAUGAUAUGAGGGAAAGAGAAAGAUUGGCAAAACUUGAUGUUAAACCCGAAAUGAUGAUGGACCCACAUAAUCCUAACAUGCAUCAGAUACCACUGUCUGCUAUUCCUGGACUGCAUGUUGGAGGAAUUCCUGUAUCGUUAGCAGGACAACAUCUGGUAUCAGUAGAACAGCAAUUACAACUGAGGCAAUAUCAAGCGCAAUUAUUGAAUUCAUUGCCUCAAGGACCGAAUCCUCAUCAGUUAGCAGUUGCUGCCGCAGCAGGAAUUCCACCUGGUGCAAUAGCUCAUCAUUUUAAUCCAGAGGCUUAUACUGCUGAAAGAUUAUCUGCUGAGAGAUUACAAGCAGAAAGAUUAGCCGCAGUUCAACAAUAUGAACUGGACUUACUACAUCAUCAUCAGCACCAACACGUACAUUCACACCUACAUUUGCAUCAACCAGGGCAGCCAGGUGGCCCACCUCCACCAGGUACCCCACUACCACUGGGUGGUUUACCACCUCAACCCCACGGUAUACCAGUUGAACAACUCAUGAACAAUCCAUAUGCCCAGGCUGCUGCUGUGGCAAUGCAAUCAAUGCAUCCAUUUGUGGCUGGAUCAGGUAACCCUAUGCUUCUGAAUCCUGCUUUACAAGCAGCGCAAACACAACAAGCUGCUGUCGCAGCGGCACAAGCGUCUCUCAUUCAGCAAGGAAUGCCAGGCGUGGCUGCUGCCGCACAUUUACAUGCCGCAGUUGUAGGGAGAGAACAGGCCGGUCAACCACAUGUACUCUCUGCUUCUCAGCAUUUACAAGCAGUUAACGAACAGCAUAUGCUAGAGAGCACACAGCAGCAUGCUAGAGCGCUACAAGCUUUUCAAGAGCGACAAUACAUGGCAAGAUUAGCAGGCCAUAAACCAUGAUAAGAUGUAGCAACCAAAAUCAUGAAUUUUAAAUUUUUAUUUACUUGAAGUUUCUGACAGAGUAAAAAUUUCUUAGGAGUAGUCACCGAGAAGGAUAAUAAUGCCAAUUCGAACGAUCUUAUCUAAGAUUUGUAUUGUUCAUAGGUGGAUUUAUUUUUUCUACGAAUUAAAAUGCAUCUGGCAGUUGAUUUGGUCGGUGUUCAUUGAUAACCAGUAAUGCGAUUCAAAACUUUUAAAACGGGUUCUUUUUUAUAUCGAACUUAUUAAUAACGGGUUCUGUAUGUAUGUCAUUACGUAAGCUACUUUACAUAAAUCUAUUAGAUUAAUUCUGAAAUGCCAAAUAUAACUCUAGCCGUCAGCUACAGCACAUGUUACCCAUUUGCUGCGAUCAUGUAAUGACUAAAAGAUAAAAAAUAGUAACGGUAUUCCCUAUUAUCAUGACAUUCCAAGGGUUUGCGGAUUAGAGUGAAUCUCCUGAAUCUGGCAUUGUUCACAACCCAUUUGAAUAAAAUUGAUCCACAUAAGCAAUAAGUAUGGGAUAAUUAGCUCAAGCUUUAGAGCUGAAAAAAAUGCUCAGUGCUCAGUUACAAUUCUACAUUUUGAUCAACUUCAUUAAUUUUAUGGCUUAACGAAUUUUAAUUAUUUAAUUGAUGACUGAAGUUCAGUCUAGUUCAAUAUAUUUUUACUUGUUUUAAUAGAAUGUAUUGUUUUUCUUUUUUUCUGCUCGAUUUAGCAAACUUCUAUAUCUGCUGCUCCUGAAAUGAAAUUAGUUUCAUCGUUCAUCUCGUCUUGUAAUAAUUUGUGUUUGUAAAUAAAUGAGCAAGGAAAA